AUCUCCCUCCUUCUCUCUCUCGUAAAUCUUUUUUACCACUUGCAAACGUUCUAUGAUGAGCAGCCAAAGUUUAGUCCGAGAACACCUGUACUCGUAUCGAUACCAUAUUGGCAUCGCUGCUGCUGUAUCCCUCAUUUGUCGUCAUUUUUACAACCGCGUGUUUCGUGCCCCAAAAGAAUUGCAGCAUAUACCAGCAAUUCCAUUUUGGCGUCAAGCACUUUCUUUGGUUCAAAAGGAGCCUAUUACAUUAAAAACUAAAAGGCUGGUUUUCCCUUUGAUUUCCAAUGCGAACGGCAUCUACGUUAAUCGGCUGCCGAUGGAUUGGACAGUUUAUGUAACCAACCCUGUCUAUGCGAAAACUAUCUUGUUUAAACCAGAGUUCAACGACAAAGUCCACUCUUUUUUGGAUGGCUUGGGUGAAGAUCAUUCCAUGAUUAUCUUUGUAGGUAAAGACAACGUCGCUACUGUGAAUGGACAGCAGUGGAAAAAUCAACGGAAGAUCAUGAACCCCGUGUUCCACCGGUCCAUGCCUGUUGCAUUAUUUGGCCAUUUGAUGCCCAAAGUUUUCCGCAUCAUUGAUGAAGCAGAAUCCAAGGACGAUCAUGUCGUGAUUGUGAAGCUUACUCAGCGACUCACGCUGGAGGCACUGGGCAAGGCUAUAUUCGGUUUCGAAUUUGGCGGAUUGGAUCAAGACAACUCUGUCUGGGUAAAAGAUUAUAACCAACUCAUUGAAUCGCUCUUGGAUCCCUUUUCUAUGUUCCCCAGAGUCAGCAGAGUGCUUCGAUGGAUUAGUCCUUCUCGACGGGAAAAACAUAAUGCAGCUUACAAAUUGUCUGCUUUGCUCGGUGAAAUGGCUGAGCAGAGAAAAUGUGCUUUGUUGGAAAACAAGGAGCAGCAGCUUCAUGGCAAUGUACCGGAUAGCGAAAAGGAUCUUCUCACCCUUAUGCUUGAGGCAGAAAUGGGCGGCGAUGGUGCUUCUUUAUCCAAGGAAGAAUUACGGCACAAUUUGGGGAUCUUUUUCGUGGCAGGCCAUGAUACUACUAGCAACUCCAUUGCAUUUACUAUGUACAGUUUGGCAGUACAUAAGGACAUACAAACUAAAGCACGCGACGAAGUUCUCCGAAUCUUAGGUGAUAAGCCCGCUGAUGUUUAUCCUACAUUAGAGGAUUGCAAGCAGUUCUCUUAUAUAGAUAUGAUUAUCAAAGAGGGGCUACGCAUGUACCCUCCGGCAAACGACUUGCUCGCACGAAGAGUAGCAGCCGACGUUAACUUGGGAGGAGUUAUGAUCCCACAAGGUUCCAUGAUUACGGUCGAUAUACACGCUCUACAUCACAACCCUGAGGUUUGGAAGAACCCGGACCAGUUUAUUCCGGAGCGAUUUGCGGAUGGAGGUGAACACAGCAAGCAGGAUGGAGUAGCCUGGCUUCCAUUUAGUGGCGGCUCAAGACAGUGCAUUGGCAUCAAUUUCAGUAUGAUGGAGCAACGCAUAGCUUUGGCAAUGCUUUUGCGGAAAUAUGAUUGGGAGCUUCCCCUAGGAUCGAUCCAUCAGAAUGGCGUCGUGUUCGACCAACCUGUUAAUAUGGCACCCUUAAGUCUUAAGAUUAAGUUUAAUAAAAGAUACUGAGCAAAGUGCUGGUUUCUCUUUAAAAUAUCAA